AUGUCUUUGAUUCCAAGUUUCUUUGGUGGCCGAAGAAGCAAUGUAUACGAUCCAUUCUCUCUCGAUGUUUGGGAUCCCUUUAAAGAUUUUCCAUUUCCAGGUUCUUCACUUUCUGCUUCAUUCCCUCGGGAGAAUUCUGCGUUUGUGAACACACGAGUGGACUGGAAGGAGACCCCGGAAGCACAUGUUUUCAAGGCUGAUCUUCCAGGGCUGAAGAAGGAGGAAGUGAAGGUUGAAAUCGAAGAUGACAGAGUUCUUCAGAUAAGUGGAGAGAGGAACGUUGAGAAAGAGGACAAGAACGAUGAAUGGCAUCGCGUGGAACGUAGUAGUGGAAAGUUCUUGAGGAGAUUCAAAUUACCUGAGAAUGCUAAAAUGGAUCAAGUGAAAGCUUCCAUGGAGAACGGUGUUCUUACCGUCACUGUUCCUAAGGAAGAGAUCAAGAAGCCUGAAGUUAAAUCCAUAGAAAUCUCUGGUUGA